AUGAGUUCUACGAACUCCCGCUUCAAAGGCUUUCCAGGCUUCGGUAAGCGAAAAUCGAGCGGCCCUCCACAGCAGAACGGGCAGAACGGGAGAGCCAGCCCACACGUACCCCAGACCCAGACCCCGCCUCUGGGAGCCCCUCAAAUACCGACGCUGUUUCCGUCGCGCCCGGGUGCCCCGUCGAUUGCCUCCAACUUUUCUCAGCAGAGUCUCCCAAUGAAUCAUCCAGGUCCUGGUCCACGACCACCCAGCUACACUCCGCAGAACUAUCCUCCCGGCCCUCCCGGUCCCGUCGGUCGCACCAGCCCCCUCGCCAACCAAGGCCCGGCUCGCACCCCGCCCUCGCAAAUGGUCGGUGGUCCUCCGCCCAUCAACACCGGCGCUCCUCCGGUCGCUGGGUACCCACCCCCCGUGAUGGGUGGCCCUCCUCCGCCGCCGGGAUAUGGCAACCCAACCGGCUACCCUCCCCCGCCGCCGCAGCCUACCGGCCCUGUCGCCCCUUACCAGCGCAACGUGGCUGCCGAAGUGGAAGGAAACAGCCGGAGUAAGGCUCAGCUGAUUGUUGGCAUCGACUUUGGCACCACGUUCUCUGGCGUGGCCUUUGCGUUCGCCACCAACAAUGAGGCGAAGGAAGACAUCAUUACAGAGUGGCCUGGUGCUGGCUCGUACACCAAGCAAAAGAUUCCCACAGUGCUGUACUAUGAUCAGUACCAAAAGGUUGUGGGCUGGGGUCCCGAUAUUGCCGAUGCCCUCGCUCCAACAGGAUACCCCAAGCCGGGUGUUCAGAAGGUAGAAUGGUUCAAGUUGCAGCUGAUGCUCUCGGGCAACACGUAUAUCGACCCCAUCAACCUCCCUCCCCUCCCGCCGGGAAAGUCGGAGAUUGAUGUGGCCGCCGAUUAUCUUUUCAAGCUCCGCCAGGCCAUGAGAGCGGCCCUCCAGAAGACUCUGGGUGAGGUGUUCAACCGUGAGGAGAGGAAUAUCCGUUACUACCUGACAGUGCCUGCCAUUUGGAACGACGCAGGCAAGGCUGCCACGAGAGCGGCUGCUAUCCAGGCCGGCUUCCUUCGGGACGAGAACGACAACCGCCUUACCCUGGUCAGCGAGCCCGAAGCUGCUGCUCUGUUCUGUUCCAAGACUGGUCUCCUGAACCUCAAGGUGCACGACGCCGUCCUGAUUGUCGAUUGCGGUGGUGGUACCGUCGAUUUGAUCGCCUACGAAGUCGAAGAUGAGAACCCCUUCACAGUAGCCGAAUGCACGGCUGGUUCCGGUGACUCUUGCGGUUCGACUGCCCUCAACCGCAACUUCAGCAACAUCCUCCGCACCAAGAUCCGGAAGAUGAAGCUACCUGACGGCUCCAAGACGGCUGGCCGUGUCUAUGCCAAGUGCAUCAUGGACUUUGAGAACCGCAUCAAGGCUGAUUUCCGGAAUAACGGCCAGAAGUGGGCUGUUGAUGUUGGUAUCGAGGCCGAGUUCCCAGAGGCCGGCAUCGAAGAGGGUUACAUGACUUUCACUAACGAGGAGAUCCUGCAAUGCUUCGAGCCCGUUGUUAACCGCAUUCUGGAACUCGUCCGCAACCAGAUCAUUGCCAUUCAGGCGCAAAACCGCACCCUCCAAAACAUCUUGGUUGUCGGUGGCUUCGGUGCUUCCGAGUACCUCUUCCAACAGAUCAAGCUGCAUGUUCCACCUCAGUUCCAGUCCAAGGUUGUCCGGCCCAUGGAUUCCGUCGCCGCUAUCGUCAAGGGUGCCGUCACAGCUGGUAUCACCGAGAGAGUCAUCACACACCGUGUUGCCCGCCGUCACUACUUGAUGGCCACUUUGCAGCCAUUCAAGGAGGGAUACCAUCCCGAGGCGUACCGUGUUCCCUCGCUCGAUGGCAAGGACCGCUGCAAGUUUACCAGACAGAUCUUUGUGCAAAAGGGCCAAAAGGUCAAGAUUGGCGAGCCCGUCAAGGUGUCCUUUUUCCGACAGGUCGCCCCAGGCGCCACUCUCAUGUACGAAGAUAUCCUGUAUGCCUGCGACGACGAUGUCUGCCCAGAGUAUACCAAGGAUCCUAGAAUCAAGGAGGUUGUCACGCUCACCUCGGACUUGUCACGCAAGAACUUGGAGAAGGAUUUCGAAAGAAUGGACACGCCACAAGGCACAUUCUACCGUGUCUACUUUGACAUUUACCUCACCCUGGACGGUUCAGAAUUCAGUGCCGAGCUUGUGUGCCAGGGCGAAGUCAUGGGCCGGUGCCGCGCUAGGUUCAGGUAA